CAUUACAAGACUCUGUGGCUCCAGGGCAUUUGAAUUCAACUUCCAACAACACUGCGCACAGAGAGCUCACCUCUGCUCUAUCAAUGGCGACCACCAGCUCUUCCACAUGCGGAUUCUCCAAACUCCAUUUCCCACUAAUAUUUACCAACAAUAUUUCAUCUUCAACAUCGGGUUUCCACACCAGAACUAGGGUCUCUCCGAUUGCUUCAAAGCCCAACAGAAUAAUAUCAGUUUCUUCCUGCUUGAUUGAUUCUUCUUCAGUCGAAGCAGUCGAGAGUAUCAGCUCCAAAGUUAAGGUGGAAACAUGUGUCUGGAAUUGGAAAGGCUAUUCUAUUCGAUAUCAAUAUGCUGGGAACAGUGGCCCUGCAUUGGUUUUGGUUCAUGGUUUCGGAGCAAACAGUGACCAUUGGCGGAAAAACAUUCCAGUUCUUGCAGAAUCUCAUCGGGUAUUCUCAAUUGAUCUUAUUGGUUAUGGUUACUCUGACAAACCAAAUCCUCGUGAGUUAGGAGACAGUCCUUUCUAUACAUUUGAGACAUGGGGUUCUCAAUUAAACGACUUCUGUACAGAUGUAGUUCAAGAUAAAGCAUUCUUUAUAUGCAAUUCGAUUGGAGGACUUGUUGGUCUUCAGGCAGCAGUGACGGAUCCAAGCAUCUGUAAGGGCAUUGUGCUUCUGAAUAUAUCUCUUCGUAUGCUUCAUAUAACAAAGCAACCAUGGUUCGGGAGACCCUUAAUUAGAUCUUUUCAGAACUUAUUGAGGAAUACCCCUGUGGGAAAAUUGUUCUUUCAAACCGUUGCCACAAAAGAGGCGGUUAGGAAUAUCCUUUGUCAGUGUUACCAUGACACUUCUCAAGUGACGGAAGAAUUAGUUGACUCCAUCCUUCUUCCAGGACUCGAGCCUGGCGCCGCUGAUGUGUUUCUUGAGUUUAUUUGUUAUUCAGACGGCCCUCUUCCCGAGGAACUACUACCUCAAGUAAAGUGUCCUGUGCUGGUAGUGUGGGGUGAUAAAGAUCCUUGGGAGCCCAUUGAACUUGGAAGAGCUUACGGAAAUUUUGACCUUGUUGAGGAUUUUGUAGCCCUCCCGAAUGUUGGUCACUGCCCUCAGGAUGAAGCGCCUCAUCUGGUGAACCCACUGGUCGAGUCUUUUGCAGCACGCCAUGCAACAGUAAAAAGCUAGUCUUUGUUGGUAUGUUAUGCAUUCGUGCAUCGGAAGAAGCAUAUAAGAUUUUACCAUUUUGUUGUUUCAACCAUAUAUAGCACAAAAUCUUGCCCAAACAAACAGGUGGGUUGUAUGUAUAUGCUGAAACUGCUUGGCAAGGGCUCAUAAUAGAAGAACACACAAGUGAUUUAUAAAGUGAUGCCAGGAUUUCUUGAAAAGU